AGAGCUUUCAGGGGGAAUGAAAACUCGCAUUUGGGAGAAAUUUAAGGAAUAAAACUCAGACUGGAGCAUUUAGUAGGAACAUUCCUACAAGGAGGGGGAGGGAGGUGUUUUGGUACCGGGGUGUUUUCCCCAAAUAGCCGAGCGGGGGUUAGAAAUCCCUCGUUUCUCGUGCACCUCAGUGGCAGCAGUCUGUGAAAUUUCCAGUAUGCAUGAACUCAAGCUGGGGGCUGCUUUCUUCAAGCCGAGCGGGACUCACGCAAACUUCUGACUGAGCUUUAUGCUUUUUUCGCCAUCUUUUUUUUCUUUUUUUUCCCCUCAACGUCUGACGGUCAUUUAACAAUUUUCAGAACACGUUUUAUUCUCACUGCACUUGAGCCGUUUGAAUUUAACCCGAGGUGAGGGAGGGGGAACGACUGCCCCUUGCACAACAUUACUUUUAUAAGAUGUGAAGUACAUGCACAGCGUCCUGCUGUCGAGCUUCCUCAGUCCCGCUGAGCACGUGAGACCACUUUACCUUGGAGUCUACAACCUGAAUCACUAUGGACAUGAUGAACUUGAAGAUUCAGUGCAUUCUAGUGUUCAUCUCUUUCUAUGUGCAAGAGGGAUUAUCAAAGGAUUAUGAAGCAAACCUUGGAGCAGAUUAUCUUUUACAGAGAGUAAGACGUCAAAGUAAACCAACAAAAGCAGUGCUGAAGGUGACAGACUACCAUGUGAAGUGUUCAGUGGUGUCCCGCUACGCUAUUACCACAGUCCAGAGUUCAAUAUGGAACCAGCUCCCCAUCACCAAGGAGGCUGCUUUCGAGGUGGACCUUCCUUCUUCUGCUUUCAUCUCCAACUUCACCAUCACCUCCAAUGGCAAGGUGUAUGUGGCCCAGGUGAAGGAAAGAGCGGCUGCCAGGAAAAUGUACGACGCUGCUAAGAAGCAAGGAAAAACAGCUGGACUUGUUGCUACAAAAGAGAGGGAGAUUGAAAAGUUCCGCGUGGCAGUCAGCGUGCCGUCAGGAGGUCGGAUGUCCUUCUCCCUGACCUACGAGGAGCUGUUGCCUCGUCGACUCGGCCGCUAUGAGCUCAGUUUGGGUUUGAGGCCAGGACAGCCUGUGCAGAACCUCACGCUAGACGUCAGUGUAACGGAGAGGACGGGCAUCAGUUUCAUCAAAGCCUUUCCUCUCAAGACGAGCCGGCUGCUCUCCAACACUGCUCGAGGUGACGCUGAUGCACCUGUCUCCACUCAUGUGGAACAUAACGCCGGCUGUGCUCGAGUUCGCUACAGUCCCUCUCUACAGCAACAGAACAACGUCUCCUCCAAAGGUCUCAACGCAGACUUCAUCAUCCAUUAUGAUGUGGACCUCAGAGAUGUCAUGGGUGAAGUCCAGGUAUAUGAUGGCUACUUUGUGCAUUACUUCGCACCCAGAGGGCUUCCUGUGGUUCCUAAGGACGUUAUAUUCGUCAUCGAUGUCAGUGGCUCAAUGAUAGGCACUAAGAUAAAACAGACCAAGCAGGCCAUGGGCACUAUUCUCGGGGACCUUAGAGAGGCAGACCACUUCAACAUCAUCACCUUCUCAGACAAGGUUCACACCUGGAAGAAAGGACGAACGGUCCGGGCGACUCGGCAGAAUGUACAAGAUGCCAAAGACUUUGUAAAGAGGAUUAUUGCAGAGGGAUGGACCAAUAUCAAUGCAGCUCUGCUGGCGGCUGCCCAGCUGGUCAACCCUCCAUCCUCCGCCUCGACCAAACCGCUCUCAUCCCGUCGUGUCCCUCUGGUAAUUUUCCUUACUGAUGGGGAGGCGACCAUCGGAGUAACAGCUGGUGACACCAUCCUUAGCAACGCCAAGAAGGCUUUGGGCUCCUCCUCUCUGUUUGGCCUUGCCUUUGGAGACGAUGCAGACUUCCUCCUCCUGAAACGCCUGGCUCUGGAUAACCGUGGCGUGGCGAGGAUGGUGUAUGAGGAUGCAGAUGCAGCCUUGCAGCUGAAGGGCUUCUUUGAUGAAGUAGCUAGCCCGUUGCUAUCAGACAUCCAGCUGUCGUACCUGGACGAUCAGGCGUUUGACAUCACCCACGCCCUGUUCCCGAAUUACUUCCAAGGCUCGGAGUUGGUGGUGGCUGGGAGGGUCAAACCAGGAGUCAACGACUUCAAGGUGUCAAUGUCCGCCACGGAUUUAAAGCAGCGGGUCAAGUUAGACAACGAUGUGUUGAUUACCCAUGCUCAUGGGAAUGGGAGUGCAGAAUCACUGGAGUGUUCGGGAGGUUUAGAAGGAAUAUCCAGUUUUGUGCGUCGUCUUUGGGCGUAUUUCACCAUCAAAGAGUUGUUAUUGGCCAAACUGAAUGCUACUGACCCUGCAACUCAAAGGUUACUGACAGACAAGGCCACCAACCUGUCCCUCAAGUAUAACUUUGUAACACCAGUCACUUCUUUAGUUGUAGUUAAGCCCGACGCAGAUGAAUCAGCUCAAAUUCCAACCACCGUAAAGCCCACCAUCGCUGCCACUAUCGCCACGACGGCAAUGACCACUGCCGCCGCCAAAACAUCAGCUGCUGGUCCUGCAAAGAAGGCCAGCUCAACUUCUAUGCCCAGGUCUGAAAAAAACAAGCCAGACCCUCCCCAGCCACCUCCAAAGCAAACUAAAAAAGUAUCAUCACCAACUUCGACAGCAAAAACGGCACUAUCCAAGAAAACCUCAACAACUACCAGUCCCAGCUCCGUCAAAACCGCCCCAGCUCCAUUCUCGGGUAAAAAGCCCACUCCUUUCCACAAUGAAUCCAAAACGGCCUCCACUCCUCCUCCUGUUGGGAAGAUACCCACCUCUCUGCUGAAUGCCUUAAAAACAGCGCCACCCCCUGCACCUGGAAAAGUAUCCACCAAAGCCUUGAAAACAACCACGCCCUCCACAACCACCACAAUGUCAACGUUGACCACCAGCGCCACACCUGCGCUCAGCUCGGUGAGAACAGACCCUGCUCCCCUGCCCAGGAAACCCCUCCCCCCUCAGCCCAGUACAGCGAGGACCGCUCUGCCUCCGGUCAAAGUGACUGCGCCCUCCGCAGAGGCAGAGAACACCACCACAUCUGCUCCAGAUGUGCCUGAAAUCACCACCGCUCUGCCCAAGCUCACCUCUCCCACCCCGGCACCAGCUCCAGCUGUGGAUGACAACAACACGGAACUGAGCAUCGCAACCUUUGUGUCGGCCACCUUUGCUCCGAUGCCCGGUGUGACCGACGGGCCACGCCUGUGGGAAGCAGCAGGGCUUCUGGAUGUCUCUACUUUCAUUCAAAGAAAAGAUAUUGACCUUGUAAAAGACUAUGAUGCAACCUAUGACUAUGACUACGAUCUCAACUAUGAUGCCUGGGAUGAUCCAGCAGACUCCGAAUCAUUUGAUAGUGCUCCCUCCAGAUUGAGCACCGUCCGGGUCUUCUCCUCAUCAGUUGAUGGAGAUCCUCAUUUUGUGGUCCAGCUGCCAAAACUGCAUCAGAACCUGUGUUUCACAGUCGACGGCAGAGCCAAUGACGUUCUCAGGCUGUUGGAGGAACCAGAGAGAGGCAUCAUUGUUGACGGCCACCUAAUGGGAGCUCCCUCCAAGCACAGUGUAGACGACCGCCCCCGAACUUACUUCGACCGGCUCACCAUUUCCUCAGUUACAGGCGGCUCUGGUGACAUCAUGAUCACCCUCUCACUGGAGGCCGUAGUGGUGGAAGGGGAAGGACGGGAUGUUCUCCCCAUCAAUCGGCAAGGGUCCGUGGCGAGGCAGGGCGUGACGGUCACUGUGGACAAUCAUCGGAGCUGCUGGAUUGAGCUGAACAAGGGUGUGCGGUUCCUGGUUAUGUUCCAUCGUUACGAACACCCGAGCUACCUCCAGAUGGCUCACCUGGGUUUCUACAUCACAGAUGGACGGGGCUUGUCUGCCUCAACCCAAGGCCUGCUGGGCCAGUUUCAGCACGCUGACAUGAGCAUCAAGGCGGUGAAAGAUCAUCUGGGUGGAGGUGCGAUGCACAAUGAAGCUAUUCCAGCCGCGGGGAUCCUGAGGUGGGGAUCAGAGAAAAUGCGGGUCACCUUGCAGGACAAGACGCUGAAAGACACGGUGCGGAAACGCCACACGGGCAAGUGUUGGGUGGUGCCCAAGGCCGAGGUAGAGAGACUACUGGGUCAUCCAUAUGAGAGCUACGUGGUGGAUCAUGUGUAAUUCUAGCUGAGUCGGCUCCGCCUUGCUGCCUCUCAGCUGCACAGCUAAGGUCACAGCGGUUAUAAUAGUACGGUUAUUGGACAAAGGAUGAGCAAGAAUUGGGACGAUGUGAGGCUAAAAUGAAUAUUGGCCACACAUUGUGUAAUAUUCUGUAGGGAGCAGUGGAACAUAGGCGUGGUUACAAUAGAGGAAAAGAGGGGGUGACAUGUUAUAAGAGUAAUGAGGGCUUACGGCUCUGCAAAUAUAAUUGAGGUCUGUACGAUGCGGUUGUCCUCCAUCAGUGAAUUUGAUUUGGAUUCAAGCUCUGUGUUCUGUAGCUUUUGACAGAGACGCCGCACUCUCAUGUUCGCAUGGCAACCACAAAAUGUCCAUCUAUGCUGCAGCAGUUUGUGCUCGCUCCAAAAUGUCUCGCACGCUAAUAACUCCAUGUACACGACUUCAAAGAUGUUUAUUAGAUUAUUCUUAUAUUUCGUCUUGGAAUGAUUAUCUUGCGAAGCCUUGUAAUUAUUAAAACUGUAUCAUUCCUAAUUGUAUUUUUCGAGUACAAGUGUAUAUAAAAUAUAAUUUUAUGUAUGUGUAGUUACUCCUCCCACAAAACUCACCGGGAUAUUGUGAUUGCAUAGAGGGUACACAAAACAAAAUCAGGCUCUUUCCAGGUUUGCCAUGUGCUUUUUAUUUUUUCGAUCAUUUCAUUCAGUUUAAUUCAUGUUAUUUGUUACACAAGACAUUAGGCAUUGCUCACAAACUAGUGAUCAAACAAGGACAGUCAGUUUUCUACUACUCAGCCUGAACUAUUUCUUUUGUCAAUUUCAAGGGAUAUUGUCAAUAGUGGUUUCCAAAAAUGCCAAACUGGAUGGAAAUUAAAACAGUACAACCACA